AUGCAUCAUCUCCUAAGACGUGUUUUGGAACAGAAAGAUCUUUCACGUGCUGGGGAACUCUUUUCCUUAGACGAUUCUGAAAUAGAAGGAUGCCUAUCCGAAGCUCUUGAGCAAAUCAAACUAAUUAGUUCAUCUCCUGACUACCAGAUGAAUGACAAUGACCAAGCAGUUGUGGAAAUUUGUAUCACUCGAAUUACUUCAGCCAUCAGGGAGACAGAAUCCAUAGAGAAGCACGGGAAAGCUCUUAUUGCUCUUUGGGAGUCAUGUCUAGAGCACAAUCUGAAACCUUUUUGUAAAGAUGAAGACACACCACAUGCAAAGAUUGCUUCUGAUAUUAUGAGCUGCAUUUUGCAGAAUUAUAAUCGUCCUCCCAUCAUAGCAUUAGCUGUCCCGGUGGCAGUGAAGUUUCUCCAGAGAGGUAACAAAGAAUUGUGCAGGAACUUAUCCAGUUAUCUCUCUCUUGCUGCAAUUAGCAAAGCAGAGCUGCUUGCUGAGCACACAGAAACUAUUGUAAAAAGUAUCCUGCAAGGGAAUUCCACAUUGCUCCGUGUAUUGCCAUCUUUGUAUGAAAAGCAACAAGAAUCUUUAAACAACCACCUGAGAGAAUUGGUAGGACUGAUGCCUUAUCUGGAACCAUCUGAGCAGCAGCAUCUUUUACAGCUUUUGCUAACCGUGGCAAAGAAAAAACAGCCUGAGGUUCUUAAAGAAUGUAUUUCUUCUUUAAUUUGUCAUCUAAGAGAUCCCCUUUAUAAUGACAUCAUCCUAGAUAUAUUCAUAGAAAUAUCAGAUUACGAACCAGAAUUGUUGGCCAAUUUUCUGCCUAUACUGAAAGAGACUGGGGAGACUUUUCCUAAUUUGAUAGGACAAAUGGCAAAGAUCUAUGGAGCUGUUGGACAAGUUGAUGAGGAAAGAGCUCGGAUCUGCCUGAUCUAUUUGGUUAAUCAGCUGGCCAAUAUGGAACAUUCUUUCCACCAUAUUCUUUUGUUGGAGAUCAAAUACAUCACUGACACCUUCUCCAAUAUCUUGGGUAUCCAAAGCAGAGAAAUUUAUCGUAUGAGUAACAGUUUCACUGCUAUAGCUAAACUUCUAAUCCGACAACUGAAAAACAACACAAGCUCAGACUGCAGGUCCAAAGGUUUAGUUGUGCAUCCUGGUCAUAUGAAGGACAUCCACUCAGACAGCAAACAAGAAGGGGAGAAUGGAGGUGUAACAGCCAGCACCUCUUUUACUGAUCUGUAUUUGAGCCAAGAAGCCAACAAAUUGCCUCCCAGGGCAGGCUCUGAAGAGUCACAGCUGGAACAAUCUUCACUUUCACGCCCAAGUAUCAAAUGUUCAGAACCAGAGAAACUGCCAGAACCUGUUAAAGAAAACUGCCAUGAAGAGAACCCAAAGACAAUAAAGAAUCCCACGGAGUAUCAAGAUAAGCUUUACUUUCACUUAAAAGAAAAUCUCUCUAAAGUGGAAGCAUAUGUCAUGGAGAUGGGGAAGAGAAUUCCUUUCCCAGAUGAGUGUCUUAUAGAAGAUACAGUUAAAAGUUGUGUAGCAAAGUUGUCCUUCAGCUGUCCCCUGAAAGGUCACUACUGCCUGUACAGUAAAUCCAGUUUUACUCUCAUCAGUCACCAGCCUCAGCUUUGGAUCCAUAUCAUGUUUCUCUUCCAGCAGGAUCUGGACCACAUACAGUUACAUCUGGAAGAAGUGAGGUUCUUUGAUUUAUUCAGUUACAGUGAGGAAGCAGGGGCUUGGCAGUGUUUUAUGUGUAACAAUCCUGAAAAGGCAACAGUUGUGAAUCAAGAUGGCCAGCCACUGAUUGAAGGCAGGUUGAAAGAAAAGCAAAUCCGAUGGAAGUUCAUCAAAAGGUGGAAGACCCGCUAUUUCACACUUGCUGGCAAUCAACUUCUCUUUCACAAAGGAAAAUCUAAAGAUGAUCCAGAUGAUUGUCCCAUUGAGCUGAGUAAAGUCCAGAGUGUCAAAGUGGUAGCCAAGAAGCGCCGAGAUCGCAGUCUUCUUCGGGCCUUUGAAAUCUUCACAGACAAUAAGACAUACGUCUUCAAAGCCAAAGAUGAAAAGAAUGCUGAGGAGUGGCUACAGUGCAUUAAUGUGGCAGUGGCACAAGCUAAAGAAAGAGAAAGCAGAGAAGCAACCACAUAUUUGUAACGACUAUAGAUUUGCUUAUGUUUCCUGCAAGAUGUUUUUCAGUCACACAUAGCUAUGUAGUGCAUUUCAAUAUUUGAAUUGCAAAAGAUAUUAUACAGGCUGUGUAAUAUGUGUUGCAGUGAGAAAUGGUACCACUAAGAUCUUUUUCACAAUAUUUCAUCUUCAUGAUCUUUGGACAUCACAUAGACCAGCUCUGGACAUUCAUAGAGCUGAGACCAUCACAACAAGGCAUGUCUGUCCAAGAACUGGACCCUGUUGAAGAGAAGAAGGGUGCACACAUAUUUAAUUAAUUCCAAUUACUGAUAAGCAACUUAUUACUGAUUAGCAAUUUGCCUUUCUACUCACCUUGACUGUAUUUGGGGUGAAUGGUCAUGCCUCACUUCUUUGGGGUCAUGUUGUACAUGAACUGCAGAUGUGACAGCUGCUCUAUUUUGUCCCGUCUGCCUGCCAUUUUUUGAGUGUCCUAGCCUGCCGUUGUACUUGCACUGAACUCCAGACCAAGGCAGUUGGCUGGCCACCAUUGGGAUGGGACAAAAGUCUAAAAAUAUCUUCCCACUCUGAAAUAAUAGGCCAUAGUAUGUAGCUUUUAAGUUCAGUCAUUUAACAAUAGUCAUGGAUACAUGAGCAAUAGAGAAAAAAGAUAUUUCCUUUGCUUUAGAUUAUGAAAGAAAUGGAAGUUGACUAUUUUAUACUUUUUGCUAUUCGACCUGCCGCUUAGCAUAGUAUAUAUAGGAAUCCAUUCAAACCAGUGUAAUUCAUAUAGGACAACUGAAGCUUAUGGUUUCUUGACUCUACUCCCAUAGAAAUCAAUGUGGUGUAUUCUUGUCUAGUUGCAAAUCAACCAUUUCUGGAGGGGGGUGGGGUUU